CCCCUGAGUUUCUGUCGCGGAUGAGAGAAAAAGGCCAGCGACGAUGUGAUAGACAACACAGCCCCUCCGAUCCGGUAGGCGUAGUAGUGGAUAUCUUCACAGAGACGGGGGGUUGAGGCGAAGCCGAACCGAGCUGCGUGCUCGCUGCGCAACAAGGCAACCGGGAGCAAAAUGCACCCACGGCCGGCGGCGUCCACCGAACCCGAGCCCGAACCCGCCUCUAGAAAUACAGCCAGCGAUCGAGCCAAGAUUGACUUAUUCAGACUGAACAGUCCGUAUUUUAAAGCCAUCUCCGCAAAUUCUACAUUUCAACUCAACAACAACAAUGAAGCAUUUAAAGGGUCCCAGUUGCAUCCUGCUGGACGCGCGGACAUGACAAACAGCAGCACUAGCUGAGGCUACGUCCCGGCUGCGGUGUGUUGUCAUUGGUGGGCUGGCGGAAGGUGCGUGCGGCAGGAUGAUGUCCAGCAUGCGGCAGUGGCGGAGGCUGGUGCUGCUGGGCAUGCUGGCCUGGGUCGUCCUCUUCCUCGCCCUCCUCUCUUUCUUCCUCGACGCUCGCGUGGACGAGCCCCUGACCUCCGCUGGCUCCUUGCUCUCCCAGCACCCCGACACCCGCCGCCUGGCCUCCCUCCAGGGCUCCCAGUUAAACCAGGCCAUGUCGGGCCCCCGCCCCGAACUGGCGUUGGCGCUGACUACAGCGUACCCCAGAGGCGAGCCGGAGCCCAGGUCCACGGUCAGCUCCACAACCCCAGAGUCCAGCCUGGAGGUGAGCCACAGCCCGGACGGUGCUCCUUACGCCAAUUACGGGAGCCAGGAAGCGGGUCACCAGAACUACCUGGACCCUCAGAGCCUGGCCGCCUGGUCCUCCUUCGGUACUGAGAACGUGGGUUCUAACUCGGAUCCUGCCAACCACAGUCGUGAGAAAACCUUUCAGAUCGCGGACGACCCGAACGUUUUCGGACCCAAACACGCACGAAGCCGCGAGACGGAGAACUAUAACAAUAUUGAAGUGAGAAAAGUGGGCCGGAGGCGGGUCGCAGCGUCCAGGAGGAGAGACGCCUACUCGUCUGACCUGGGGGAGUAUUACUUCUCCCGGUCGGCCUCUGUGGUGCAGCAGCUGUGGCGGGGCAGCGUGUCCGCGGACAUGCUGAGCCCUCGGCUGCAGCGCGCCAUGAAGGAGUACAUGAACGCCAACAAGCACCGCGUCCACUACAGGGGCCGCCGCAGCGCCGGCCAGAGCCCCAAGGAGCUGCUGUGUCAGCUGAAGACCAGGGCCCGGCUGAAGACGGUGGACGGGUCGGAGGAGCCCUUCGCCUCGCUCGACUGGGCUCGGCUGGUGCCGCCCUCGCCUCUGGAUCAGCUGUACGGGCGGCGCGGGCAGAGCGGCCUGAAGAGCUGCGCCGUGGUCACCUCGGCCGGCGCCAUCCUGCACUCCAGACUGGGCAGGGAGAUCGAUGCUCAUGAUGCAGUGUUACGGUUCAACGCUGCCCCGACAGAGCGCUACGAGAGAGACGUGGGGGAGAAAACCACCAUACGCAUCAUCAACUCGCAGAUAUUGGCCAAUCCAAGUCAUCGGUUUAAUAAAAGCUCCAUAUACAAGAACGUGACGCUGGUGGCCUGGGACCCUGCACCCUACCACGUCGACCUAAACCAGUGGUUCCAGAAACCAGACUACAACCUGUUCACUCCGUACAUGGUGCAUCGCCGGCUGCAUCCCGACCAGCCCUUCUACAUCCUCCACCCCAGCUACGUGUGGCAGCUCUGGGACGUGAUUCAGGGCAACACUCAGGAGAACAUCCAGCCCAACCCUCCGUCGUCUGGCUUCAUCGGCAUUCUGCUGAUGAUGGCGCUGUGCGAGCAGGUGCACGUGUACGAGUACAUUCCGUCCAUGAGGCAGUCGGACCUGUGCCACUACCACGAGCACUACUACGACGCCGCCUGCACCCUGGGGGCCUACCACCCCCUCCUGUACGAGAAAAACCUGGUCCGGCGGAUCAACACGGGCCCGGAGCGCGACCUCCGGAGGGGACGGGUCACGCUUCCAGGCCUCAGCACCAUCAGCUGUGACAUUUGAGAUAUGAGACGUGACCCUCUGAGACCAAGACACACGGACGCGUACAAUCUGGCCUUUAGCGGCCGACUAAGGGAGAGGUGCAAUAAAGCCGCCGGAGACGACGAGGCUGGAGCUUACAAAUUUCAAAUUAGAUCCCAGAAGAACAUAAGCCAUAGCCGUCCAUCGAGGGAUCAACACGGAGGCCUUGUCUUCAUCAUUCUGGUUUACCAGAUCAGACACUUCGAUCUCUGAGAUGAGGACGACGAGACGUUUGUCUCUGCUUUAGCUGAGCCACGUUAGCUGUGGGUAGCAACAGAUCCGUUUGUCUAGAUAGAGAAGUGACUUUUACAUGACUCGAUGUGUUCUCAAUCAUUUUGCAUUUUUAUUUUUUAAGUGGUUCAAAGGUUGGUGAAUAUCACGAAUGCAGCGCGAUCGUUUACGCCCGUGCGUCGAAGCGUCCGCGGGGUCGAAGUCGAGCCGCCGCGUACGCGUCUGUACACGUGACAUUCGUCUGGUGUCUCCCGCGCGGGAUUCGUUUCUCACUACUGACGUCUAGGCCCGAACGCUCGAAAGUCGCGGGACGAGUCCUGGCUCGCGCUCCGGCGCUCGCGGGGAGCCUCUGGUUGUUCUGUUUUUCGGGCUCGCGCACUUCAAUCAAAACCGACGGGGCCGAAGUGGAAGUAGGGAGCCGGUGCUUAGAACAGCCGCGAGCCUGUGCCUGCCCGCGGCGACGCGCUGUCCUCGGGUUGCCUUGUGACUGUACACACACACACACACACACACACACACACACACACUGUGGCAGGACUGCAGUAACGUGGCGGCCGUAGAGCUGCUGAAGUGAAGGGCGUCGGGGGGGAUUCCCAGCUCUGCCUCCGCGAUCACCAGCCCCCGCUUCUGUCCCUUCACUCCGUAUUGAAUGUACGUUUACUACUGUGUAUGACCACGCCCUUCCUGGGGCUCGCCACCGCAGCCUGGUCCGCGCACGCGCUGCUCGGGGCUGCGACUGCAUGAAGCUCAUUUCCUACAGCUUUAACCGUCUCGUCGCUCCCGGAGCCGCAAAUAUUGGUCUGCGACCGUCCGCAGCUCAAGGUGGAGUUAGUGCAGUGAGCUCUAGAAAGUAGUUCAGCGUAGGAAAUAGGGUUUUUUGGUUGUUUUUUUAAUGAAGACCUGCAGUCAGUUUUUUUAAUCUCAGAUAAAUGUACUUUUAUUCAAUAUGUUCUCGUGCCAUUGGUUGUGGUUUGGUAAAAGAUGUGAAAACGUGUCAAAGAAAUGUUGCUUUUAACCAUCUAAUGGCUCUGUUGUAGAAAUGAGCUUGUGUGGCUGCGUCUCGCGUUGCUCUCUGUGGCGCUGGGCUGGGUAUCAUUCACAGCCUGCCAGUAUUAGUACACACACUUUUUUAUAUGAUAUUUUGUAAAAACAACCUGUGUUUUCACGACUGAGAGGAGAUGAAUGUCAAUGAAUGAUACCUGUGAAGACGCCACCGUUUGGGUUCAUGUUGAGAAAGAUGGUGGAAAUUAAAAUUCAGAUCUUUGUAGCGUUGUGCUUCCCUCAGGCUGAUUGAAAUUAACAACUCAAAUGACUUUCUAUCACUUUCGAACAUCGUAUUACCUCAACAGCUCUCUAAAUUAUAUGAAUGUUUCUUUAACUUAAUACAUCAGAAUUUGAAGGUAACUCUAAGUCUUUACAUAUUUAAAUGCUACCUACGCUUAUGUCAAUGAUGAUUUAACCUAUUAAAGUCCCAAGAGAGUGAAACCAGAGGAAGCAAUAAUGGGAAAAAAAAAUGAAAGCAUUUACAACAUGAGCCAGCAUGCUAUCUUGCUGCUGGACCAGUAACUAUUCAGCUAGUUGCUUGCUAUGACUCGUGUUUUUCUGAGUUUUAGUUGUAGGUCGGCCCACGUGUCUGUGGAUGUGUAGCAGGGAGCUCGCGUAAUUAUUGCAAUACUGAUUUCCUUCAUACUGUGAAAUCUAGAAAAUAUGAUUUGGAAAUAGUGAAUUAUGGGACAAAGAGGCUUCAUCACAUGGAUGCAAAUGCCUAUAAAUCCUAGUUUAUUGCAGCAUCGUGUCUCAUUGAUUUGCAGCAUCUCUCUCGUUUCUGAAUGUAAACACUGACGUUUGAUACCCAGCCCUGCGACGACUGGAACAAGGAGCCAAGUAAAGGCUGUGGCCCACUUUUGGAACGGAAAGAAGACGUUUUGUAAACUGGGGUUUGUAAUUUUGAUUUAAAAAAACGGGUUCACAGCUCUUCUAGGUUUUACAUUUCUCUGUUGGGAUAAAUCAAUGUUUUAGUGCUCGUGAUUGUAACACACUGAAAGUGCAAAAUCCCUGAACAUGGUGUACGUGUAUGUUUGUGAUAAUUGAUCACUGAUGGGCGCACGGAGCAUGCUGAUCAGGAUCAGGGCGAGAGUCUUAAACUGUCUGUGCUGUGCUGCCAAUAGACAACAUUUUCAUCAAUGUCGUGCAAGGAGAUUGUACAAUAGUUUUUUUUCUUUUAAUAAAGUGGUGUUUUGCAUGCGUGUGGACAGGCAGUAACACCCGGCUGCCGUUGAGCCAGUCGAGGUUCGCUGGGAGCACUUGAUUAAAUGCCUUCUGGCAACUUGAUCCUCACAUUUUAAUACUGUGCCAUAUUCCAUUUUUAAUUAUGUCUUAACAGGUUAAAUGUGGGAUGAGUAGACGCAGUAAAGACAGUACCUCUGAGAUUAUUGCUUCUUCUGGAGGACUUUGAGUGAAUCAUUUUCAAUACAGUGAUUGUGUUGCCAGUAGAUACUUGACUUAAACAUUUAAUCUCUCAUCUGUGGUAGAAGGAAAAUGUGCUUAGAGGCAAUUAAUCAUGUUUUGCCUUUUCUCAAUAUCAGUUCUGUUUCUUACUGUUGGAGCAUAAUUUUCGUGUCUUGAUUUAAUCAUUACUGUGGGAACUGCUGCACCACACUGCCUCUUAAUGAUUCUUCGACAUUUAGUUGUGUUGUUUUCUUUCUCUCCUAAUGAUUAUAAGACAGAAACACCCCUGACCAGGCAUUAAGAGGAGGACGGUCCAACAGCCUUACGGUGUUUCUUCUUAACUUUGAUUUGUUGAUGAGUUUCCUCCUAAAUACACGCAGGUUGAUAUUUAAACAGACCAUUGGUAUGAUUUCAGCUGUUGUAAGUUGUCUUUUCUACCUUGUAAAUAAAGCUGUUGUACAUGU